UCUGCUGGUGCUUUGAUUUCUAAGCAGCUCGCCCCUCACAACGGUUAUAACUAUCACCCAAUUCCAACAAAGCGGUGGAUUAAUUGAUAACAAUCAAGAUCAUUUAAUGCAAUAACAUUGAAUAUCAAAGGGUAUUAAACAACGGAAAAGCAGAAACAGGAUGUCGCCACCAAAAGCUUUCGCCGUAAUCGCCGGAGUCGGCCCUGGCACUGGCUCUUCUGUAGCACGCCGAUUCGCCAAAUCAUAUCCUGUCAUUGUCUUGGCAAGGACUCCUGCAAGCUACGAGGGCGUGGUCUCCGAUAUCGAGUCCUCGGGAGGCCAGGCCAUCGGCAUCAACACCGAUCUCUCAGACGAGGCCUCUGUGAAAGCUGCUUUCAAGAAGAUCACUACGGAGCUAUUCCCUAACACACCACUCGCGGCAGCCAUUUUCAAUCCCGGGGGUGGCUUCGUGCGCAAGCCGUUCCUAGAAAUUACCGAAAAGGAGUUUGCAUCUGGCUACGACAAUCAAGCAAAAGGUGCUUUCUUGUUUUCCAAAGCAACGCUUCCGCUGCUGCUCAAAGGGGUGGAGGAAAAUCUCGAACAUCCACCUAGCUUGAUCUUUACCGGUGCCACGGCAAGUGUUAGAGGCUCUGCGAAUUUCUCUGUAUUUGCUGCCGGGAAAUUUGCCCUCCGCGCUUUGUCACAAUCUCUAGCAAGAGAAUUCGGUCCCAAGGGAGUGCAUGUAUCACAUGUCAUUGUCGAUGGUGUAAUUGACAUCCCGCGCACCAAGGCGUGGAAAUUUGAGCAUGAAGAUGCUAAGCUAAGCCCUGACGCGAUUGCCGACUCAUAUUGGUUCCUGCAUACACAGCCACGCACAACUUUCGCCUUUGAAAUUGAUUUGAGGCCGUAUGUAGAGAAGUGGUAAUUGUUAAUCAGCAAGAUUGAAUGGGCUUGCGAUUAGGUAUCGAUUUUCCUCUGGAGGUAAGUGGCAAUAGUGGAUAUACGGUGGGUUUAAAGUACCAAGGCCCUUAAUUCCACACCGUUGGAGGAAUUUCCCAGGGAAUGCUGUGGCUAAGAGAUCUACUCAAAAUUGGUUUGGAUCGUUCAUUCACUUAGCAUCCGUUCCCAUCAUAUACUUCAUUGAAAUCAUACUAAC